CUGUCCCAGCCAUGGCAGGGAGCUCUGACGUGCACCACAAGACCCCGCUGCCCGAGGGCAUCCGAGUCGGCACCGUGAUGAGGAUUCGUGGUGUUGUCCCCAACAACGCCAACCGGUUCUUUGUGAACCUGCUGUGCAGCGAGGGGCAGGAUGCUGAGUACGCCCUGCAUUUCAACCCCCGGCUGAACGAGUCCACAGUGGUCUUCAACACCCUGGAGCGGGGUGCCUGGGGCCCAGAGGAGCGGGGCAGUGGCAUUCCCUUCCAGCGUGGGCAGCCCUUCGAGGUGCUCCUCAUCGCCACGGAAGACGGAUUCAAGGCGGUGGUCGGGGACUCGGAAUACCACCACUUCCGCUACCGCAUCCCGCCGGCGCGCGCGCGCCUGCUGGAGGUGGGCGGGGACCUGCAGCUGGAGUCGGUGAAGAUCUUCUGAGCG